AUGCGUUUCUUCACCACCACCGUCAUCUCGGCCCUCGCCGCCUUUGCUUCGGCCUACACCCAGCCUGACUACUCCAAGUCCCCCGAGGGCAAUGCCAUUACCAACCCCGGUCUGAACCAGCUGGUUCCUGUUGGCAAGGCCUUCAACAUUGAGUGGACUCCUACCACCCAGGGACCCAUCUCUUUGGUCCUCCUGCGCGGCCCCAGCAGCAACGUUGUCCCCCUCGAAACUUUGGCUGAGAGCAUCGACAACUCUGGCAAGUUCAGCUGGACCCCCAGCACCUCUCUCGAGCCCGACACCACCCACUAUGGUCUCUUGCUCGUUGUUGAGGGUACUGGCCAGUACCAGUGGUCUACCCAGUUCGGCAUCUCCAACCCCGGCUACUCUGGCUCUUCUUCUGCUGCCCCCGCUACCACCACCGCUGCUGCUACCACCGCUGUCACCUCGGCCGUCACCUCGGCUGCUGCUACUGCUGAUGCUUCCUCCACCGACUUGGUCUCCUACGAGGUCACCACCACCAUCUGCCCUGAGACUGAGACUAAGGCCAAGGCUACCACCACCGCUACUCCCACUGCUGUCUCCACUCCUUCGUCUGCUCCCAUCGUUGGUACCGGCAGCGUUACUGUGCCUAUUGUCUCCCCCAGCAAGACCCCCUCUGUGCCCAGCACCCUGCGCAGCUCUUCCGUCCCCAGCGGCAGCCCCUCCAGUGCCUCUCCUUCGGUGCCCGUCUUCACCGGUGCUGCUGACCGCAACGCCAUCAGCUUCGGUGCCGUCGCCAUCGGUGUCGCUGCUGUUCUCGCUUUCUAA